CAAACGUACAUAGCACUAAUUUAUUUACUUUUUAUGAUAGAUAACGGUCGUAGAAAAAAGGUAACAAAUCUACAAAAUCAGCAUCACCAUGCUUAUUUAUAAGAAUUCCCUACGCCUACAACUUCUUCAUAAGAAACCCACGCAGUUUCUUCGAAUUCUGCAGGAGAAAUGUCGAAGCAGAUACAUCCAUGGCUCUUCACCAUCUUCUUCUUGGUAACAACGUUCUUCCAUCCGUCUUUCGCCGAUGUCGGCACGGCUGCUCAUUACAGCCCUCCAUAUCUUCCCACCGCCUGCUUCGGGGGCGACACCUCCAUGUUUCCGACGAACAACUUGUUUGCGGCUGCUGGUGAUGGGAUAUGGGACAACGGUGCUUCAUGUGGGCGACAAUACUUGGUUAGGUGCAUCAGUGCGGCUAUCCCCGGAACUUGCAAUCCAAGUGAAACUAUACAAAUUAAGAUUGUGGAUCGAGCUGACACAUCGGUGUCUAGGCCUUCUGCUAGCGGUGCUACAAUUGUUCUUUCCACCACUGCUUUCGGCGCCAUUGCAAACCCCUCUGCUGCAUCCAUUAACAUCGAAUUCCAACAGGUCUAAAGUUUUGAAGAUUGCCGUACUGUACUCGUUUUAUGGAUCUCAUUCUUCUGCCUCCUAGACAACACCAUUAAUCUAUUAAAGUC